AUGAUAAUAAUGUAUGUAAUCACGAUAAGGAUAUACAUGUUUUACUUUAUCUACAGUCAUUCAUAUAAACCUUGUCUUUUCCAACCCAGGAUGUCUGGCAACCUGUCCCUCCUGAGGCCUCCAUUAGUGGGUGUCACCGGGUCAAUGCAACCCGCUCUCUCAAACAUGUCCCAGUUUCCCCCUCUGGUUGACUGGGAGGCGCCCACCUUCACCCGAGCCGCCCAAUUCCGUGUCGGCGCCACCUUAUCAUCUCUUCCCUCUGCUCAAACCUUCUCCAACCUAUCUCCUGAUUCUGCCUCCUCAAUCCUCUUCCUAUUUGCCGCCUGCAGCAACCUUGCAUUAUUGGUCAGUGUGUGCCGGGGGCGUGGCCGGCGCCUGGCUUCUCACCUGCGACCACUCAUCAUGAGCCUGGCCGCCGCCGACCUGAUGAUGACCUUUGUGGUGAUGCCACUGGACGCCAUUUGGAACAUCACGGUGCAGUGGUAUGGCGGGGACGCCAUGUGUAAGAUGCUAUGCUUCCUCAAGCUGUUUGCCAUGCACUCGUCAGCCUUCAUCCUGGUGGUGGUCAGUCUGGACAGGCACCACGCCAUCCUGCACCCGCUGGACUCACUCAACUCCCACCACCGGAACAAGAGGAUGCUGGGUAUGGCCUGGGUCCUCAGCGUGCUUCUGGCUUUACCACAGCUGUUCAUCUUCCGGGCCAUCAAGGCAGAGGGCGUAGACUUCACCCAGUGUGUGACCCAUGGCAGCUUCAAAGAGCGAUGGCAGGAGACGGUCUACAACAUGUUCUACUUCGUCACUCUCUACGUGUUCCCCCUGCUGGUCAUGAGCUUCUGCUACACACACAUCCUCGUUGAGAUCAAUCAGCAACUCCACAGGAACAAAGCUGGCGAGUCCUGCCUGAGACGCAGUGGCACAGACAUGAUCCCCAAAGCACGAAUGAAGACUCUAAAGAUGACCAUCAUCAUCGUGAUGUCCUUCGUGGUCUGCUGGACACCCUACUACCUCCUGGGUAUCUGGUACUGGUUCCAGCCGGAGAUGCUGCAGGUCACGCCUGAAUACAUCCACCACGCCCUGUUUGUCUUCGGCAACCUGAACACAUGUUUUGACCCGGUCAUCUAUGGCUUCUACAUGCCCUCAUUCCGGGCCGACCUGGCCAUGUGCUGGUGCUAUAGAAGAAGGGACAUUAAUAUGUCGCCCAGGUCUCUGGACCGCCUGUCCGCCCACCAGGGCCCCCACAGCGGAGAGCAGGACUCUGACGCCCCCGGUGUGGAACAGACCAAAGAGACUGGAGGUGACGGUAGAUGACUGGCGCUGACAGUAAGUACAUCGGUACGGUUGGAGGGCUGAGGGAGAGCAGACCUGGAAAUGAGCACUACUAAGGAGUAUGUAGACCGACCUACUUAUUCUGUGAGGUGAAGACAGUGACAGGCUUAACAGCACCGCCAAAAUAUCUCCCCUCUGAUUGUACGCCCAUCUUUGACAUUUUGAGAACAUUGUUGAAGCAUGGGAGGAGGCACUUGAGUUAGGGGUCAAGCCCAACCUGAGAUGAAAGGGAUAGAUGGAUAAAGAGACAAAACUAUCUUGGAAGCCAAGGAUUGAAGGGUUCAAAUCCUUCAGGAUUACCUAAUCUACAGCGUUAAGCACCAUGGCUAAGGCAGGUCAGACGUAGACGUUGGAGCCACCCUGAUCUUGUGAGCUUACAUGAAUGGUUCGUUGUUUCCAACAGGUCCAGAGGGAGGCAGAACAGAACCCACUGGGCUGCAACACGUUUCUGCCAACGUUGGAUAUCCAGUUAUACAGCAACAGUUAAGCACAUGCCAUUCUAUUUCAAUUACUAUCACAUGGAAAGGCAAACUCAUUUUAAGCGCCGUUCCACAACUUUCUACGAACCAUUAAAACCCUUGGCUGUCCCCUGAUAUAUAUAUAUACACCAUGCUGCUUACAGUAUGUCACACUGCCUGCUGUCUGCCUACAGCUUGCUUUUUCAUGCAACACUGUGUCCUUACAAUGCCAGGCUGCAUGAGAUGAUCUCCAUAGCCACGAAUCACUAUACAGAACUGUCAAAUUACAAAAACAAAUACAAAUACAGUAGGUGGUACAAUAAAAUGGUUGGCCGUUUCACUCAGAAGACAAAACAGAACUGUCACAUUCAGUGCAUGUCAUGGAGAACAACAUCAUUUGUAUUGUACUUAUUAUUCAUGCAUUCCCUUCAGCCAUUCAGGCUUGAAAACCAAAGCACAACUACAGUAUACUAUAAUACACUGAGUGUACAGAACCCUUUUGUCCCCUUUUGUCCUCAGAACAGCCUCAAUUCGUUGGGGCAUGAACUCAACAAGGCUUCAGAAGUGUUCAACAGGGAUGCUGGCCAAUGUUGACUCCAAUGCAUCCCACAGUUGUGUUCAGUUGGCUGAUAGUGGAUCUCUACUCCGAAGAGAUGAAAUCCACUCGCAGAUGGAUACACUGUUGUCAUGAAGGGAUGCACCGGAUUGGCAAUGAUGUUCAGAUAUCCUGUGGCAUUCGAAAGUCACUCCAGUUUUUAUCAAGGGGCCCAAUGUGUGCCAUGAAAACAUGACUAACUGUAGCCUGUCUGUUGCUGCUCUACACAAUUUGUGUCAGCCUCCUCUGUCCUCUUUCAUCAAUGACCCUUUUUCAACCACUGGCCUGCCAAUGGCUGGAUGUCCUUUGGGUGGUGGACCAUUCUUGAUAAACACGAGAGAGAAACUGUUGAGCGUGGAAAACCCAGCAGCGUUGCAGUUCUUGACACACUCAAACUGGUGCUCCCGGCACCUACUACCGUACCCCGUUCAAAGGCACUUAAAUAGUUUCCCUUGCCCAUUCACCGUCUGAAUGGCACACAUGCACAAUCCCUCUCUCAGUUGUCUUAAGGCAUAAAAAUGAUUAUUUAACCUAUCUCUUCCCCUUCAUUGACACUGAUUGAAGUAGAUUUAACAGGUCACAUCAAUAAGGGGAUCAUAUCUUUCCCCUUGAUUCACCUGGUCAGUCUAUGUCAUGGAAAGAGCAGGGUUUUGUACACUCGGUGUAUAUGGCAGCAGAGUGCAGACAUGUGGAAUCCAUAAUGCAUCAAGCUCAUUAAUCUUACUAUUGUGCUAAAGAGCCAAGAAGAUACUUGUUAGUAGGGUUACAAGUAGUGGGCUAAGCCAUAGUCAUUAUGCUAUACAAAUCAAUUCUCCUGAUCAUUCUCCUGUAGCUACGGUAUGCUCUGAGGCUUGAGGCAGCCAGAUUGAUAGUCAUGUAAGACAAUUAUCAUGGGAUGUCUGUCCUGGGGGUAUACACUAUACACAUACUGUAUGCUCACCUUCCUAUGGAAUGUUCUGAAUAUCAUAUACUCAGAGGCAUGGAUUCACUUGGGGGUUGUUCCAUCCCAUCCAAAAUCUGUAUGUUCCUGAGCCGGUAAGAGUUCUCAUAAAGGGAGAGUAUGGAACAACCUCUGCCUCAACGUGAGCAAGACAAAA